AUCACUUUGGUUGUCAUGGCGAUCCCAAACGUAAAUAGAUCUAGAUACUAAAAACGUAAUUCUUCCUCUAACCAACUAGAUCUAGAUCUAAGUAGCAUUUUCGAAAGUAUUUAAUACAUUUUCGUUUAAAAAUGACCACUGUUCUUCCACAAAAGCCUGAAGGCACAUAUACUUUCGCUAGCCAGCCUCGAGCGGUUCCACAACGAAAAAAAUACAGAGAUUCGGCGGCACAACAACAAAAUCCUCGCCAUUGCUUUUGUGGUGAUGGACCAACCAGUUAUGGCAAUAUCAUGUAUGAUAGAAGAGUUGUCCGUGGAAACACAUAUGCUCAGCACACACUACCUGCAACAGUUCAGCCUGAUCCACUGGAGCUCCAAAGACAGCAAGAAAAUCGCAGGCGAGCCAUUGCUAAAAAGCGUGCUAAGGAUCAGCUCAGACCACGAUCACCAGAUCCAGUGGAGGGGCGAAAACAUAUAGAUGUCCAAACAGAGCUUUACCUUGAGGAGCUCAGUGACAGAGUUGAAGAGGCUGACCAGGAAUGCCAAACAGAUGCAUUUUUAGACAGACCACCUUCUCCUUUGUUCAUCCCGGCGAAGACUGGUAUAGAUGUUGCCACACAGAUUUAUGAAGGAGAUCUUUUUGAUUUUGAUGUGGAGUGUAAACCUAUCCUGGAAGUGCUGGUUGGUAAAACAGUAGAACAAGCUUUGUUGGAAGUUAUGGAGGAAGAGGAGCUUGCCAAUUUACGCCAGCAGCAACGUGCCUUUGAAGAACUGAGAAAUGUUGAGCUAGUGGAGCAACAAAGAUUAGAGGAACAAGAGAGAAGGCACAGAGAAGAGAAGGAAAGGCGAAUGAAGCAGCAAAGAGAAGUCCUCAAAAAAGAAAAAGAAACUGCAGAGAAAAUUGCAGCUAGAGCUUUCGCACAGAGUUAUCUCGCUGAUCUUGUACCAUCAGUAUUUGGCACCUUGUCAGACAAUGGCUACUUCUUUGAUCCUGUUGAAAGAGAUGUAGAACAGGGAUUCCUUCCUUGGCUUAUGGAUCAGGUGACAGUAGAACUGGACAGGUCAGAACUGGGUCGCCUGUGUCUAGAUGGUCUACUUCGGGAACUAGUAUCACGUAGAGUUGAUGUGUACAAGCAGUUAGACGCAGAAAUUGUACAAGCCAGAAAGGAAGAAGCAGAGGCUAAGAAGAUUGUCACCGAGACUAUCCCAUCGGAUGGAGACGCUGAUGCCAGCCCAGACACCGACAAAGAGAAGUCCCCACCGCAGGCGGCGGAAGAGGAACCCUAUGAUGACGACCAACAACCCGAGCAGGCCCCGUCUGAUGAUACAGAGGCAGCACAAGAUGACUAGGUGUAGCCAACAUUGAACUGGCCUGCAUUAGAUUGACAUAGUUUCACAAAGCAUCUACAAUUAUCGCCAUCUUUGGUUUUUUUUUCGAAUUUCUAGCCAAAGAUAAUUAAUGCAGUCUAAACAUUUUAGUUUAUUUUUUCCCCGUCUGUCUUUAAUUACGACAGACCCAAUUUUAAAAUAAAGGAAAACAUCACCUCUUUAAGCGGCUUAUCAGAUGUGACUCACUUAUUUUUCAAAAAUGUUGUGUGUUUUUUUUUUGUUUUAAAACGUGUAUAAUUGGUUUUAAACAAAUAUCUGCAAACUAAUUGAUUUUGGAGAAUCGGAUGUGCACUUGUAGCCAUGUUCAAGAUAUUAAAAACAAUAUGUACAUGUGAAAUGUAUAAAGAUUUGAUAUUUAUAUACCAAAUAUAACAAAUUUUGAUAUCUUAUAAGGUUAAAUAAACCAAACAUAUACAUGUGAAUUUACCAAGUCCAUGUUGUCUUGUUAACAAAUGUCUGUGAUAAAACAACAACCCUUUUUUUGUUCUUUACUUUGAGAUGAUGAUAAAUAAGCGACGUAAGAUUUUA